ACACAGACGGCGGUGAGGGGUCAGUGUUGUCGGGGUCACUGGUCGGUACCACGUGGGGGACGUAAAACCGGCGUUUACAAUUGGACAAUUGAUACUUCGCGCGUCAUAUACACGUUACGUUGAGACACUUUUAGGGCCAAAUAGUUGUGUCUAUUGAGGUCUAACUGCUUGUGAAAGUAGGCUACUGUUUUGUCAACUCCAGCACACUAGGAAGUGAGGUUAACCUGUAAAUGGAGCCAGGCUUGACUGGGGUGUUUAAAAAAAAAGCUUUCGCACGAACGUUGAAUAAUUUCCUAGUUUUAACUAACUUCAUUUUUGUAUAUAUUUUUUUUAAUCUCAGGGAAUGUAUUUUCUUUUAAACUAAUUUAUUUACUAACGUGGCGUAAUAAAUAGAAGCUGGUGUCAUUUGUAGUUUGAUUGGCGAACUUCGAGAGGUGGUGUAACCGGCUUGGUUUAAAUGUACCAACACGGUAUUUACUAAUUGUCACAGACAACGGGAGUCGGUCUACUCUGAACUCCCACUAAAAUGUAACAGUGUCUGAAUUUUUUAACCAGCACCUCGUUGAAUAAACGUAAGCUACAAUAUGAGCAGCGGAAAACCCUCUUUGGUUGAUGGCGAAAUCAACGACAAUGAAAAUGUGUCCGAUUUGGAAAAAAAUAAAAUGAUGUUGUCUGCCGGUGACAGCGAGGAGGUGCGUCUGGAGAACAAUGUACAACUCAACCGGAACGGUGACGAUACAACCACAACGAUAAAACUAUACAAGCGGAGAUGGUUCAUCGUGCUGCUGUUCAGUUCCUAUUCUCUCUGUAACUCUUUCCAAUGGAUCCAGUACGGAAUUAUCAACAACAUUUUCAUGCGGUUCUACGAUGUAGAGUCUUUUACUAUAGAUUGGAUGUCUAUGAUCUACAUGUUGACCUACAUCCCCUUCAUAUUCCCGGUCACCUGGCUACUGGAUAAGAAGGGUCUCCGUAUUAUUGCGCUGGUGGCUACGGCCAUGAAUUGUGCGGGGACUUGGAUCAAGGUGACAAGCGUGAGACGGGAUCUGUUUGCGGUGACCAUGCUCGGACAGUUCUGUAGCUCCCUUGCGCAGGUAUUUAUCCUCGGGAUGCCGUCGAAGAUCGCCUCGGUGUGGUUCGGAUCGGAGGAAGUGUCCACCGCUUGCUCCAUCGGGGUCUUUGGAAACCAGUUGGGUAUAGCCAUUGGGUUCCUGGUCCCUCCCAUCCUGGUGCCUAACGUUGAGGACAUGGAUCAGCUGGCCCAUCACAUCAGUAUCAUGUUCUACAUCACAGCAGGAGUUGCUACGCUGCUCUUCCUACUGGUCGUCAUAGUGUUCCAGGAGCGUCCGGAGCUCCCUCCCACCCAGGCUCAGGCGACAGCUCGCUGCAUCCCCCCUGAACAGUACUCCUACACAGCCUCCAUCCUCAGGCUGCUCCGAAACAAACCCUUCCUCCUCCUCAUCCUCACAUACGGACUGAACGUGGGCUGUUUCUAUGCUGUUGGCACACUACUGAACCGCAUGAUCAUCGAGCAUUACCCUGGUGAAGAGUUGAAUGCAGGGAGGAUAGGUCUCACCAUCGUUAUCGCUGGCAUGGUGGGGUCACUGAUCUGUGGCAUCUGGUUGGACAGAACCAAAACAUACAAACAGACUACCCUGGCUGUCUACCUCAUGUCCUUCGUAGGGAUGUUGGUCUACGCCUUCACCCUCAGUCUGGGUCACCUCUGGGUAGUCUUCCUCACCGCUGGAGCUCUGGGGUUCUUCAUGACAGGCUACCUGCCCCUGGGCUUUGAGUUUGGUGUGGAGCUGACCUACCCCGAGUGUGAAGGCACCUCUUCAGGCCUGCUCAACUGCUCUGCACAGGUGUUUGGUAUCAUCUUCACUAUCUGCCAGGGGAAGAUAACAGAUAACUACGGGACGCUGGCAGGAAACAUCUUCCUCUGUGUCUUCCUCUUCAUCGGAUCAGUCCUUACAGGCUUCAUCAAGUCAGACCUGCAGAGACAGAAGGCUAACCAGUUGGCCAAGGCAGCUGAGGACGGACUGCUCUCUGGACAGCAGCAGGGCUACGGGGCCACGGCUCUAAUCAAGAGACUGGACAGCCCUUCUGAUUCUUCUCAGACUUGAUCACUAACCCCCAUCCCCCCCCUAACGCUUACACUCUUAGCUCGAACCUCAGACGAGCCAAGGUCCCUUCAGAUCCCGAGGACGGGACCCUCCCUGCCUCCGCAGUCCUCGAAGGAACCAGGUUUUAGAGACGGACGAUCUGCUACACACACACACACACACACACACACACACACACACACACACACACACACACACACACACACACACACACACACACACACACACACACACACACACACACACACACACAGUAAAUCACCAGCAUCUCCCACCCUGUGGAAUGUGAAGUUUAGGGGAGGAGCACAAUGAGGAAGUGUUUGACCACUUCCCUUUAACACUGUCCAAAAAGACAUAUUAUUUCUGUGUAAUUUCUAGAUGUGCCAUAUCUAAUCUACAAAAUGUUUACUGUCCAAAAUUAGCACAAAUAAUACUGUCGUUCUACAGUAUACACUGAGUAUAGAAAACAUGAACACCCGCUCUUUCCUUGACAGACUGACCAGGUGAAAGAUAUGAUCCCUUAUUGAUGUCACUUGUUAAAUCCACUUCAAUGAAAGAAGUGAAAAGUGAAAGAAGGAUUCUUCAGACAUGGAUUGUGUGUGUGUGCCAUUCAGACAGUGAAUGGGCAAGACAAAAUAUGUAUGUGCCUUUGAACAGUGUAUGGUAGUAGAUGGCAGGUGUACCGGUUUGUGUCAAGAACUGCAACGCUGCUGGGUUUUUCCAAGCUCAACGGUUUCCUGUGUGUAUCAUGAAUGGUCCACCACCCAAAGGACAUCCAGCCAACUUGACACAACUGUGAGAAGCAUUGGAGUCGCCAUGGGCCAGCAUCCCCGCGGAACGCUUUCGACACCUUGUAGAGUCCAUGCCCCGAAGAAUUUGAGGCGUUUCUGAGGGCGAAAGAGGGGGUGCUAGCCUCAAAGUAUUAUUUAGGUUUUUUUUUUUUUGACCAAAUCUAAAGUUUUGAGGAUCCAGACACUAUUUUUUAUUUUAUAUAUUUUUUACUAACCCCAAUCCUCGUUGUGCAGUACGGAGGCUCUGGAGGGGGGGACACAUGUGACAAAAAACAUCCAAAUGGGUCCUUUUAGAAAUCGUUAGACGUUGUACGGAUGAAAUUGUAUCAUUCUGAACUUUUAUCCAAUACAUUAUAUUUAAUUUUGUAGCGACUGAAGCGUCACUUCUUCGUUCAUUCUAGCAGCAGACUGACUAUACAGAGAACGGAACAGCUGGAUGGAGGAAAUGGAAUAUAACGUCUGCGGAUAAAGUUCGGGAAGGACACAAUGUCACGUGUAAAGACCUGCAGCUCUAUACUGAGCGCCGUUUCCAUUUCUAAAAGGACGUUUUUGGAGCGUGUUGUUGUUUUUGUUUUUCAGAGCCUCCCCCCGUACUACACAACGAGGAAGUGAAUCGCAGGUGUGGGUAAUUUUCUCAAAAACAAAUGUAAGAAUAUAGACUUAGUUGUAAAAAAAUAUAUAUAAAUAUAAUUGUCCUUUUUAAGGUUUCAGUUGCAUGGAAGCAUUACUAAAACUACCACAAAGACAUGUGACAUCAGUUUUCAAUAUGUAGUCAUUGAGGUUGAUUGUUUUUGCUAAUCUUUUGUCGUUAACUUGUAUUUUUUUGUAUUAAUCUUUGAAAGAAUGCACAAAUAUCUUGGAUAAAUGUUUUUUUUACAAAUACUGAUUUGAUUGUAAAAUGAGCAAUUGAUGACGUAAUAAAAAACAGCUGGGAAGGUG